AUGGGCAAGCGCGCUGCUGCGCAGCCGCGCGCGGCGAGAGCCCCCCGUCGCGGUGGUGGCGCCAGGGGCAGCGCCGCCGCUUCGGACAGCGCUUGGUGCCAGCGCUGCGAGGUGCCCGUGGACGUGGCGACGUCCAAGCGGGGUGGAACUUCCACAGCUCCGUGGCUAGCCUGCGACUGCUGCUGGCUGACCCACGAGCGGCACUUCAGCGGGGAUGCCGCCUGGCCCGACAUCGUCGAACGCUGCCGCGAGGAGCCAGAGUUCAACGGCGACUUCGAGGCUCGGGCCGCAGCAGACAUGGAUUUGGAGAGCCAGAUCGCCGCAGCAACGGAACGUGGGAGCGUGGAGGUGCACGCGUACUACGGCCAGGAGGUCAGCACCAGCAUGGUGCAGCUCACGCCUAAGCAGUGGAGCACGCAGGUGGUCCCGCGCGGGGUGGUUGGCAUGACUCCCGAGAGUUGCGACCAGUACCAGUCUCGCGUGCCGUCAUCUUGCCAGCCAGGGGUGAACACGACGGGAGUGAUCGUUGCGGACCCAGAGCACCCGUACGUCAGCAUCAAGAACUACACGAGGACGGAGGUGAAGAUGGCAAUAGUCAAGCUGACGCCCCAGCAGGCCGUGAAGACGGGUGCGGAGAUGGAGUUUGUGAAGCGGGAGGUGACGAGGUUGCGCCAGAGUCAGGCGGUUGCCGUCAGAGGGUUCAGCAAGGUCCCAACGAUCACAGAGUUGCAGCAGUUGGCUCACGCGAAGGCUUCUACAUCUGGGAUGCUUCCCAAGGCGCCGCCGUCGAAGCCACGUGGUCCUGGGCACUCUGCCCCGCUUCCGAUCGAGAACGGCCGCGUGGAGGACGAGUCGGAGACCGCCACCAGCUCUCUAGGCGCUAGCGGCCGCCUGAACGCUGCAGGUGAUGCUGUGCCAACGGGAGCUCCCGUGGCCAAGAGUCCAGACAGCCUUGCCAGCGGCGUGGGCCAGGGGGGGGGCGCCAGGCCAGCCUCCGCCAAGUCGGCGCCAGUCGCGUCGAGCUCGUCGGUGGUGCCCAGGGGCAGCGUCGCCUCCGCCUUGGACCGCAGUGGACAGCAAGUGCGGCGCUCCGAGUCAGGAGAGUUGCUAGAUCUCCCUCGGGACAGGUCAAGGUCUCCAGUAGGGAGCGUUGCCUGCUCCGUGGUCGAGUCUGGCUCUGGCGGCAGGGGCAGCAAGGCGGGGCCCCCUGGUUCUGCUGAGAAGGCGCGCUUCGACGGCUACAAGAACGACUUGGUGAUCCACGAGAUCUUGGAUGGGAGCCUCAAGGGGGACCGAUCCUACGGCCUGAAGAGGUUCAAACCGAAGUCGGCCAGCCUGGCCGUGAUGGCAGCCAAGCUUCAUACGAAGGUGGAGGCGGCGAGCGCCUUGUCCAGCAACCUCGACAGCAUGGAGUGGCCCCAGGUGGUCCAUCACUUGAAGGAGCUCACCACGCAGGAUGUAGAGGCGUCGACUUUAUUUCGCAAGGCUCUCCUGAAGAGGUUCGUGAAGCAGGCCUUGAACGAGGACGAGAUGGUGAUUGAGGCUUUGACGCCAUGGACGCCCUUCCCCGAUGAGUUCGACGUCACCGCGCCCAAAGCUGCGUCCAUGAAGAACCUCAGCACGACUGAGAUGAUCGAGAUGUUGCGUGAAAUCAUAUUGGGCGUCGUCGUGCUGCCCCAGUUGCUUGACGCCAAGAGGGUUCCACAUCUGCAGCAUUGUGGCAAGCUGCUCGCGGAGGCGUUCCACAUCACGAGCGACUACCCUGGGGAUAUGAGGGGCUUCAGCGAGCACGUCGUCGCGCUUGGCAUGCCGCUGCACCACUUGCCGAACAAUGAUCCCAUGAGCUUCUCAGAGUGUGGGCCUUUCAUGCCGAAGAUGAUCGCGCUGCUGACUGGCGUGUGCGAAGAUCCCGAGUGGCACCCCUUGUCAGAAGUGAUGGGCAAUUCCGAGCCGUGGUCACACUACAAGGCGAGUUUCAGGCGCGCGGCCUCCACCGACAUCCAGAUUGCCCCCAAGAUGAAGCAGAUCGUCGACGACCUCGAGCAGGUAAGGUGCAACAUGGACGGCAUAGUGUUCAUGCGCACGGUUGUCGGGGAGAUCGAAGCUUGGAGAAAGACAUGCCGCGGAGCAUCGAAGUCGACCCACGUCGCAGAGAGCACCUUGUUCAAGAGGAUGGAGUAUGUCGCCAAGGAAAUCCUGAAGCAGAGCGUGGACACAGUUGACAAGAAGGUCGGGACGGCGCUGCUGGAGGUGUUCGCCAACUUCGCACGCGUCAAGGGGUACGAGCAGGACACAGCUGACGAUCCGUUUGAUGGCAUGCACCAUGCCCUGGCCACCCACCUGGACCACUCUGCGAGGAUGUGUGUCGAGAAGGGCUGGAAGGACCACGUCGAGAAGUACCUCAACGCGGAUGCCCACGAGGAAGUGUUCCACCAGAUCAAGCUGUUCUUGGCGGAGCACAGGAACGUUCACGUACCUGUGCCAGAGGACGGUUCUCUCAUCAUACGGGCCGCUUGCCACGUGAUCCAGAACAUCGGCCUCUUGACGGCUGACCUGAAGCUUGAGCAGGUGGGUUCUUGCGAAGCGAUGGUCGCGGACGCGAUCGACAAGCACGUCGUCGCCACUGAGAUGAUGUUCACAGUCGAGCCCUCGGACGCCACCAAGCUGGAGCUGGCAGCGCUCCAGGCAAGGCUGGCGGACGUCUACGCGGUCAUCGGGGUUGCGAAGCACGCCAGGGAGUUCUACGAGACGACCGCCGCCAGCACGGUCGAGCUUCGCAAGCCCUGGGAGAAGCUCGACUCGGCGCUCGGGGCACUACCAGCCAAGGAGUCCGAGCAGUACGACGAGGUCUUGAGGACGAAGUUGCAGGCCAUCAGCUUCGAGGAGUUCACGUCGACGACCUCGAACUGGAAAGAGAUCGGCCUGCAUCUGGCCACCGAGUACUCACAGAGCACAUUCGAGAGCUUGGUCGAGAAAGGCCAGCUGACGGCCCAGGGCCUCAAGAAGAUCGCGGGUGGCAUGCAGAAUGGCUCCAACUACCUGGACGGCUACAGCGGCAGCCUCGAGAGCUUCGACGAGCUGAUGGCUUGGAUGAAAGCCACGUUGUUCAAGCAGCUGGGCCUGGCGACGAGGCUGAAGCAGUCGCACACAGAGCUCCUCCACCAGCUGGCUGAGCUCGAGGUGGAGGUGGCCAGCCUCAAAGUCUCAUCGGAGAAGUGGGCGCCCAUCCGCGACGAAUGGAAGUCGUUGCUGAAGAUAGCGGAUAUCACGCUCACGGCGGCGUCGUUGGCCCAGCUGCUGAAUGAUAAGACGAAGAACGACGGCGUCACCAAGGACGGCCUACAGCGUGCCAUCGACAGCAUGCAGGGCCGCGCGGUGGCGAUCACCGACAUCCCGCAGGCCAAGAGCGAGGACGAAUCCAAGCGAGCCGGGGUCGACUGGAAUGCCCCGGCGGCCUACGACGAGAUCAAGUGCACCGCGAUGGAGUACGAUUUGAGGGAAUGGACUCCUGGCCACACCGAGCCGCCAGCUGCCGCUGCGGCUUUCCUAGAGCGCUUUUUCGACGACGACAACGUGCUGCACCUGUACGGCAUACAGCGGGCGCUGCUGGCGCCGGAGGUGGAGGAAAGGGCCCAGGCAAGGGACGGCGUGCAGCACGUGGAGCUGCGCUGGCACAUCGGCGGAGCCCGCCACCAGGGCCAGGGCGCUGCCCGCGGCAGGCGCGCGGCGCGCCGGCAGGCGGCCCGGCGGCUGCUGCGGGGCUUGCCAGUGGCAGAGGCUGCUGCCGCGCAGAUGAGGGCGCAGCUGCUGAGCGGCGCGCGCGCCCGCCUCCGAGCUGAGGUAGUGGAGGACGGCCCAGUGCGCGGCAGCGCCCGCGCUGAGCCCUCAGAGGCGAUGCACCGUAUCUCGUGGCGCGUGCCACGCGCCGGGGGAGGCCCGCCGGCAGGGUUGUCGGCGGAGGGCGCCGGGCCCUGCGCCGCGGAGGCUCAGGCGCGCGCCCAGGAAGAACUGUUCCUGCGUGCCGAGCGCCUCCUCCGUCAGGCAGCCUCGCCGCAUGCGGCCAGCGAAGAGGCCGAGCUUCACGAGGCCAGGGAGAGGCGCGAGGAGCACUUAAGGCAGGGCCUCACAGCUCUCUGCCACGAUGCCGCGGGGGAGCUGAUUGCGCGGCACAACGCCGUAAUGCAGCGCCAUCACAUUAGAGCUCGCGAGGAGUGCGUCGAGCAUCGCUCUGGGUUCCUGUCCACCCUCCGGUGGCACUGGCGGGACGAGGGUGGCGGGGCGCGGUCCAGCAGCACGAACGGCGCUGGGCCCACACGCAGGGCGGCGCGCGGCGAGUCCGCCCGCCGGAUGCUCGUGGAGCAGGGCUUUGCCGAAGAUGUGUCGGUCGAGGCGUUGAACCAAGCCGCGAGGGUCCGCGGCCUGGCCAGGGCCAGGGACGAGGCCACAGGCCCAGCCGCGUGCGCUUUCGUGGAGGCGCGGCCGCCAGAGGCGUGGGGCCUGGCGCUUCCAGAGGCGUGGCGACACGCGCUCGCUCUUGGCGGCGCGAGCACGGCGGAAGCGCUGGCAGCGUCAAUGCGGCGGAGUCUGGAGCGGCAGGGCGACGCCAGCGGGGCGCCCGGGGUGCCUUCGCACUUGUGGGAGCAAUUGCUGGACGCUUGUGCCCACGUGGCGUCUGGGGACGUGGCACGCGGUGCGCUGGCGGCGCUGGGCGGCCUGGAGCUCCAGCACGGCCCCUUCGGCUCCGCGGCGCAGCGCGAGUACUUCAAACACUUCAGGAUGCUGCUCGCAUGGGAGCGGGUUGGCGCGAAUUUGGCUGCGAUCGCGGAGGUGGGCGCGGGGGAGACAGGCAUGCUGAUGCCCAAGGAGAACUGCACCCUGCCGCACCUCGCGCUGAGCGCGAGCGGAGACGCCGCGGCGGAGCUUUUGCUGGCAGACGUUCGGGUAGGGGACGUGAUGUUGGUGCAACCCGUCAGGGAGGAGGUCCCGCACACAGCUGCACACCCAGCUGUGGGGUCAGGGCAUCUGGGCGUGGUAAUUGCGAUCUCGGUGACGGACGUCGGGUCUGGCAAGUCCUCCGGCAAGUUGUCCAUUCGUUGUACGACGCUCACUUCGUCCGACCUGCAGGCUGACAUAUUUUGUGUCUUGAGCCUCUGUUCGGAGGUGUCCCUCCUCCGAACGGUCUUCGCCCUCCAUGCGCUGGCCGGGCCAGCUCCCGCCCGCGACCAGCCGCGGCCUGGCAGGGUUGGGAUCGGGCAGACGCAGUUCUCGCCCGCGAUGCGCGCCAUCUUGCUGGACAGCACUGACCCCGAGGGCCGCGAGCGGGCCAUGGCGAUGGCUGGCGCGUUGCCGCCGGGCUGCAAGUGGGCCGACCCCAGUGGCCUCGAGCGCUGCCUCGCAAUGGUGUUGCGCGCGGCCGACGCCAGGGGCACUCCACUCAGCGGGGCGCAGGCGGGGGCUGUGGAGAGCUCGCUGCGGAGUGGCGGAUUGUGCGUGGCCGAUUCAAACGUGGCCGCGGACAACCUGCACGCGAGCUUGGAGAGGUGGGGCAUCAGUUCGCUUCGCUUCACCCUGGGCCAGCCCGAGCAUGCCAGGGAGGGCGUGAACAACUUGCCAGCCGCGGCGACGGGAGGCGCCCAACGCCGCGCCGGAGGUUCUGCGGCCCAGGGAGCCACCGGCGCCGCGCAGAGGCGUUUGCUGGCGAUGAGGGCCGCGGUCGCCGAGUUCCAGGUCGUCGUGACAACGUGCAGCUCUGCUGGGCACGAGAUGCUGCACGAGGUCGGAUUCCCACGAGUGCUGGUCGACGAGAGCACGCAGUCGGUAGAGCCGUCCACGCUGGUGCCUUUAGGGCACGGGUGUGAGCAUUUGGUUCUGGUGGGCGAUCCCAGGCAGUUGCCACCCACAGUAAUCAGUGAGGAGGCGCGGACCGGGGGCCUAGAGACCUCUCUCUUCGCCCGGCUCUCUGCUGGAUGGCUCGCCCGGCGCGACGGCGACGGCGAGCCCCGCGGGAUCGUUGAGCCUGUAUUGCUGGACGAGCAGAGGCGAAUGCACCCGUCCAUCGCGUUUUUCCCCAACCGCAUGUUUUACGGCGGCCGCGUCAGGGACUGCGCGCCCGAGCGGGCUCCUAUCCCCGGUAUCCCAUGGGCCGCGGCGGGCCAGAUGAGGGUGCUUUUGGUCGACGUUGGGUCAGAAGCUGGGGCCUUUGAGGAGCAGGUAGGCACAUCCUGGCGCAACUCGGCAGAGGCCGCGGCCGCCGUGGAGCUCGCGGUAUGGGUCGCCAGAGGCGCCAUUGCCGACGUCGCGCUGCUCACGCCGUACUCGAGCCAGAAACAGGCACUGCAGGAGGAGCUCGCCCGGCACCUUUCCGCAGACGGCGACUUGGACAGGUUGGCGACCGUUGGGCGGGUGCAAGUCUCCACCGUGGACGGCUUUCAGGGGGCCGAGCGCGACUUGGUGGUCUUCUCUGCGGUACGGUCGAACGACGCCGGCCGACUUGGCUUCUUGGCCGACGAGCGACGCGUCAACGUGUUGUUGACGCGCGCGAGGCGAGGGGUGGUCGUAUUUGCUUGCGCAUCCACGCUGGCGAGAGCUGGGGCGGGCAUCUGGGCAUCCUGGCUGCGAUGGGUGACCGAGGUUGGAGCGGUCAUCACGCUCGCGGAAUUCCGCUCGUGCCGCUCUUCCUUUGUUGCGUCGAAAAAGUUACAGAACGGGUGCCAGAUAG